AUGGAAAUCAAAUCGAAUUUGGCAAAUAUAGUGCAGUGGUGCAUCAGCAAUAAAGCUAAGUUAGCCGGUAAGGUUGUUCACGCUCGAAUCUUCCGUCUGGCCAUUUUCUCAGACACCUUUAUCUCAAACCAUCUCAUCGAGUUGUAUUCCAAGUGCGAUGAUAUUGGCACUGCCUAUAACGUGUUCGCUAAAAUACCCGACAGGAACAUCUUUUCCUGGAACGCCAUCUUGGCUGCUUAUUGCAAAACCAGCAAUUUGCAACAUGCGUGUCGUUUGUUCCUGCAAAUGCCUGAAAGGAACACUGUGUCAUUGAACACCAUAAUUAGCACCAUGGUACGAUCUGGGUAUGAACGCCAGGCAUUGGAUACCUAUGAUUCCGUGAUGCUAGAUGGAGUUAAACCCUCCCAUAUAACAUUGGCUACCGUUUUUAGUGCGUGUAGUGCUUUAUUGGAUGCGGAUUGUGGUAGGAGAAAUCAUGGGCUUGUGGUCAAGUUUGGUCUUGAUGGUAAUAUAUAUGUAGUUAAUGCUCUGUUGUGCAUGUAUGCUAAGUGUGGGCUUAAUGGAGAUGCAGUUCGUGUUUUUGGGGACAUUCCUGAGCCUAAUGAGGUUACUUUUACUACAAUGAUGGGUGGAUUAGCACAAACAAAUCAAGUCAAGGAAGCUUCAGAAAUGUUUAGACUCAUGUUGAGAAAAGGGAUUCGUAUAGAUUCUGUCUCAUUGUCGAGCAUAUUGGGUGUCUGUGCAAAAGGAGGAUUUGGGGAAGUCGAAAUUGGUUCCUGUGAUCACAGUCAUGGCUUUUCAACUAACGCACUAGGAAAACAAAUACACACACUCUCAGUUAAACUGGGAUUUGAGAGAGACCUCCAUUUAAACAAUUCGAUGCUUGAUAUGUAUGCAAAAAUUGGGGACAUGGAUAGUGCUGAAAAGGUUUUUGUCAAUUUGAAUCAGCAUAGUGUUGUUUCUUGGAAUAUAAUGAUAGCUGGGUAUGGGAACAGAUGCAACAGUGAGAAAGCUGUAGAGUAUUUUCAGAUAAUGCAGUGUGAUGGAUAUGAACCAGAUGAUGUUACUUAUAUUAAUAUGCUGGCGGCAUGUGUCAAGUCUGGGGAUGUUAAAGCUGGGCGUCAAAUAUUCGACUGCAUGCCUUGUCCAAGUUUGACUUCAUGGAAUGCUAUACUCUCAUGCUAUAACCAGAAUGCAGAUCACAAAGAGGCAGUUAAACUGUUUAGAAAAAUGCAGUUUCAAAGCCAACAUCCUGAUCGGACUACUUUGGCCAUUAUUCUAAGUUCAUGUGCUGAAUUAGGACUUAUUGAGGCUGGAAAACAGGUUCAUGCAGCCUCUCAAAAGUUUGGAUUUUAUGAUGAUGUGUACGUUGCCAGUAGCCUUAUAAAUGUGUACUCAAAAUGUGGGAAAAUGGAGUUGUCUAGGUUUGUAUUCAGUAAACUGCCUGAACUAGAUGUUGUUUGUUGGAACUCAAUGAUAGCAGGGUUCUCAAUCAAUUCUCUUGAACAAGAUGCUUUGUCUUUCUUUAAGCAGAUGCGACAAUUUGGCUUCUUUCCUUCCGAGUUUUCUUUUGCUACCAUAGUGAGCUCUUGCGCAAAACUUUCUUCCUUAUUUCAAGGACAGCAGAUUCAUGCUCAGAUCAUAAAAGAUGGUUAUGUAGAUGACAUAUUUGUGGGGAGUUCUCUUAUAGAAAUGUAUUUUAAAUGUGGGGACGUAGGUGGUGCCAAAUGUUUUUUCGAUAUGAUGCCCAGUAAAAAUACUGUUACUUGGAAUGAAAUGAUACACGGUUAUGCACAAAAUGGAUGUGGUGAUGAGGCUGUUUGCCUUUAUAAGGACAUGAUUUCAUCUGGUGAGAAACCUGAUGAUAUUACUUUUGUUGCUGUUUUGACUGCUUGUAGCCACUCGGCAUUGGUUGAUGAAGGGGUUGAAAUAUUCAAUUCAAUUCUGCAAAAAUUUGGAGUGGUGCCAAAGUUGGAUCAUUAUACUUGCAUCAUAGACUGUCUGAGCCGAGCAGGGCGGUUCCAUGAAGUAGAAGUCAUUCUAGAUACUAUGCCGUCUAAAGAUGAUGCAGUUAUAUGGGAGGUUGUGCUAAGCUCAUGCCGUAUUCAUGCUAACUUGAGCUUAGCAAAAAGAGCAGCUGAGCAACUCUAUCGACUGGACCCGCAAAACUCUGCCUCUUAUGUGCUUCUUGCCAACAUGUAUUCUUCUUUGGGAAGAUGGGAUGAUGCCCAGGUUGUUAGAGAUCUGAUGACUGAUAACCAGGUCCGUAAGGAUCCUGGUUAUAGCCGUAGUGUGCAUGAAUGAUACUCAAAUAAUUCUGGAAAACAAACAGUAAUAUGUUAAGAUCCAGUUGUAAGAUAUGAGACUUGGAAUAUUAUAUCGGAAACAUAAGAUGAUGGUAUAGGGUUUAUAUAGACUUUGAGUUCUCUUACCUUACAAGCUAGCUCUUGGGAUGAG